CACAGAAACAGUUACAGUCACAGUUACAAUCACAGUCACAGUCACAGUCACAGUCACAGUCACAGUCCCAGUCAGCAGCUGGAGCAGCUAUAGAAACAACAGCAAAUAGUCAUAGCGUUAGCAGUAGAAAAACGAUUAAUAAUAGCCUUAGCAGUAGCCAGAAGUUAGCAAAGACCAAAGACACGACUCAAGCGAACGAUAGGAAAGAGGCAGCUGCUGUGCAGUCCGGGAACAUGAAGCGCUUGAGUGUGCCGCCCAAGGAGGAUUCGGGCACGGAGAGCGGCGAGGAUUUGCGGCUGUUGGCGGCGGGCUUGCGCGAUACGCUGCAGCAGCGCAGCAGCAGCAGCGACGCGAAUCGCGGCCUGCUCGAUGAGGUCACCGAUGCGCUCAGCCGGCUCGAGUGUAGCCUGAAGCUGGGCCAGGAGCUGGCCGUCGAUGGCAGCCAGCGGCAGGCGCUGCUGGCGCUCAUCGCGCGCCUGCAGAGCGGUCUCAGUGCACCCGAAAAGCUGGCCAACGAUGCGAGCCACGCUGCCGCGGAGCACACUGACUCGGCGGGCCACGCGGACGCCGAGCAGCAGUCGGGGGGCAGGCAGCGCUUCGCCAAGCGACGCCAACGCAACAAUCGCCACACGGUGGGCGUCAGUCGCGAGGAGCUGGCCGACGCACGGCGCUACAUGGAGGACAUGUUGCUGCUGGAACAGCAGCGACAGCUGCCCCUCAGUCAGCAGCUGCCGCUGGAACGCAACGCCAGCUCGAGCGCCAUAGUCGGCGCGCCCAGCACUCAGCUCUACAGACCCAAUCAGUUUGUGCCCAAGGCGCAGCUCAGGCCGGGCACUGCCAAUCGACGUCCGCUCUCGGGCGAUUAUGCUGUUAGCUUUGCCAGCUAUGCAGCUGCAGAAACAGCUCAGCCGCGCUUCAAUGCCAACAACAGCAGCGGCAGCGGCAACGGCAACGGCAGCGGCAACGGCAGCAGCAAGAAGCAGCUGAUGAAACGCGCCAAUACCAUCGACAUACCCAAGCUGAAGAUGAACUAUGAUGGCGAUAGCGACUCGGAGCUGGAGCAGCAGCAGCUGCAGCAGCAGCAGCAGCAACACCAGCCGGGCCUGAAACGUGCCGUGCAGGUGAGCGUGAAGCGACGUGUGCAGCAUGUGGUGCCGCCGUUUGAGCCCAAAACCGAGAACGAUCACAAAUUCCUCGCCUUCAUCAAUAAGCAGAGCCACCAGGGCGGCCUGGGCUGGGCGGGCGCACGGUCCGUGUCCAACUGGACGCACAAGUUUGGCAACAUCAAGCACACGUUCGAGACGGGCGCAGCGGCAACGGCAACCAAAGGCAAGCCGCCGCAGCCGCCCAAUCAUCAUCAUCAGUUGCAGCAGCAGCAACAGCAGCAGCAGCAGCAGCAGCAGCAACAAUUGCUGCUGGAACGUCAGCGUCGUCAAGAGCUGGAACGUCAGCUGCGCCUCGAGCAGGAGGCGCGCUACGAGCGUGAACAGCGCGCGCGGCUGGAGCGUGAGUACUAUGAGCAGCAGCAGCAGCGGCAGCAGCUCGAGCGACAGCAGCAACUCGAGCGGCAGCGACUGCAGCAGGAGCAGCUGGAGCGACAGCGGCGGCAGGAAAUGGAGCUGCGCAUGCAGCAGCAAAGGGAGCGUGAACGUGACCGAGAACGUGAGCAACAGCAGGCAGCAGCAGCAGCAGCAGCAGCAGCUCAAGCAGCAACAGUUGCUGCGGACACUCCCCUUAAUCAGUUCAUACACGCGCCGCAAUCUGUGUUUCGACCCAUUGAUCUAGGUCAGCCGCCAGCUGGCAAUAUCUACAAGCCCAUAGCGCAGAAGCCGAGCAGCUGGCAGCCGACAGCAACAGUUGCUGCUAGCAAGGCAGCACAGCAGCCGCAGCUGCAGCAGCAACACCUGCAGCCACGUCCUAGCUACAGCAAUACGCCCUCGCCCGCCUCCACCUCGCCCAUUGGACUGCCCUGGCUGGCCAAGCCGCGUGUGGAUAACAGCGACUUCAAGCGCAAGGCGCACCACUUUGAGGAGCGUUCGCUGCGCGAUCAACUCGAACAGCAGCAGCAGCAACCACCGAGCGUUUUCGUGCAGCGUCACAAUUCGCUGCGUUCGAAGGCGCCGCCAGCAACGCUUAGUGAAUUCAAGAAGCGACCCUCGCUGCCCAAUGCCAUGCAGCCAGAGCUGGAGCUGUAUGCGAACAGAAAUCAUGCAGCAGUUGCUGCUGCUGCUACAGCUGCACCGCCGCCUCCGACGAAUAUCUCCUUUACCUAUGCGGACUAUGCGCCCGUGCGUCGGACUGCCACAAAUCUGGCCAAUUAUCGCAGUCAGCCGUGCUUGAGCAGCGCCAUUGAGCCGCUGACGAAUCCGCUGGCUGCACCACUUGUGCUGACCAAUGCGAAUCCCACCUAUUUGCCCACGCGCUUCGAUUAUGCCAGCCCAGUGGAUAGCCCCACCAGCUGCCUGACCGCGCCCGCCAUGACCGACAACACGGACGAUGAUCUCGACUUGGAUUCGGAUCAUAAUAUGCAUGAGUAUCGUGCCGAGAUCAAGGUGAUGCGUAAGCCACGCAGCCAAACGGCUGUCACAGUGGCCGGACGUCGCACCACCCACGUCAGCGACGACGAGGUCUAUGGCCGGAAUUCGCGCGCAGCCAAAUCUUUGCUGCACACAAUGAAGCAGCUGGGCGGUGGGCCGGGUCAAGCUCCGAAUCAGAGUUACGUUAAGCCAACCAACACACGCGCACCGCUGCCGAUGCAACCACUGAGCGCGCCCAGCUCACCCAGCAAGCCGUCGGGCUGCCUGUCGCCCGAUGGACGCAUGUACCAAGCACCGCUGGUGGAACCACUUUUUCCGCAGCUCAACAGCUACGAGUCGAAUCGUCAGCCGCAAUAUGCCAAGGCAGCACCACCUCCACAGCAGUCCAGCUACAUGGGCGAGACACAGACGAGCUAUGUGGUUACCUAUCCGCUGGAGGACUCAGCGGAUGAGCAGGAGUCAAGCGUUAGCUUAAGACGUUCCAGGCGCACCUCCGAGCACUCAACGGCCAGCAGCAAUUUAUCGCUAACCUCGCCACAUACCAGCUGGACAGCAAAUCCUAUGCAUGCACCACCAAAUGCACCACCGCCCGUUGAUCGCAGCACCAAGCCACAGCUGGCACCAAAGCCGCAGCCGCAGCCGCAGCCGCAGCCACAACCACCGACACCGACGCAGCCACAGGCACAGCCCCAGGCACGUCCGCGCCUGAGCGUGCGCAGUCACACGAUCAGCGAGUCGAGCUAUCAGAGCAGCAAUGUACAGCAGCAACAGUUGCUGCGGGAACAGCAACAGCAACAGCUGCAGCAGCAGCAGCAACAACAAUUGCUCGAGCUGCGACGCAAGAGCAUGGGCAAUGUGCUUGAAUACAAGUCCUCGGCGCCCGCUGAUACGCCGGAUAUCGUGAAGUCGUCGCUGCCCAAGGAGAAUGCACCACUCUUGAAGAAAUUCGGGCCACCACAGCGACAUCAUUAUGUGCCCAAUGCAUACCAGAGCCCGCAGCUGAACAAGCGCAUGAGCAGCAGCACCAGCCACAUCAGCAACAUGAGCACCACCACCAGCAGCAGCAGCAGCAGCUACAUGCCACAGCAGCUGACAACCAGCAAGCCAGUGAUUGUGGAAACGCCAGCAACACCGCAGCCGACAGCAACUGUUGCUGCUGCUGCAGAGCCAGCGCCCGAGGAUCAAAUACCGCGAAAUAUUGUCUUCAAUAAUGUGAGCGCGUUCAGUUCGCUCAAUCGACGCACUCAGGAGGAGGAAAUCCACCAGCAGCAGCAAUUCAAUGGUGGCUCGCGCUUGAAUCGUCUAAGCAAAUGUGAUUCCUGGCAUCAGAUAUGCCAGCAGCAACAGCAGCUGCAGCAGCUGCCGCCGCAACAGCAACAAUUGCCCACGUCGCCAGGCGAGCUGCGACGCACAAAGUCCGGCCAUUCGCUGUCCGUGCCGAAGCUCUACGAAGCGGGCAUUAACAAGGAGCAGUUGGGUGAAAAGCAGCGAACUGUCGCGGCUUAUUUCUCCGGCCAAAAGUCGCCGCAGCUGGAGGAGCUGCGCACCACAGCAGCGACAACAACCACCGUGCAGCGCAAGUCCGCCAUCAAUCGAACGAAAACAAGCGAAAAACUUUCAGCGGCACGCAAAUCGCUCAGCUCACUCAAUUCCAGCUCGAAUGGUAAUGUCUCCACAGCUGGCUUGGGUCUGUCUCUCAAUCUGAUGCGCGGUGGUGCAGCGGUUUCUGGUGGUGCUGGCGGUUCUAUUGGCCUAAGUCGUAGUGCCACAAUGCCGCAUAUAGCGCAUCUCAAUUUGCUGGAUGAAAGCAAUGUGGAGGAUGCGUUCGAGCAGCUAAUGCUGGGCGCUUAGUGCCUACAUGUACUCCAUGAUCGAUAAAUGUAUCGAUAAUUCGAUAACUUGUUUAAUUGACACACAUACAGAGACACAGACAGCAGCCAUUCCAGUUUGAGCCACCCAGCGAGACGCAACUGGACACAACAAACGACACACACACACAGACACACCCACACACACACACACUUACACACAGACAGAGUAAGUCGGACUGUUACUGUACUGAUUAACAUUUAUCGAUAACUGUUCAAUUUGAGCGUAGACUUAGGCUUUUUGUUUUUUUUUUAUGCAACGUACCAGUCCAUUUCUAGUCAUGUUUCAAUUCCAUUUCGUUUCCACAUUUGCGACGAGUCUGUUGAGUUAGCUGGAGGGACCACAUCAGGGGUUUUUCUUUUGCUUCUCAUCACACGCACACACACACACACACACAUAUCAACACCAACACACACCAACACGCACACACACACAUAGAGUCAAAGCCCUUAGCCUAGCUGCCCAACAACUGAAAAACAAAAUAUAUCGAUCAUUUAUCGAUAUCAAAUAUAUAUAUACGUGAAGCCGCUCUACUACGCCGAAGACAAAUUUCAAGCGUUA